AGUGGCUCAGCCGCACAGGUUUCCAUGCAAGCAAGGUGCCAACGAAUGUCGCUGCAUGGUCUCCUGGGACUCUGGUUUCUGGGAUGCCAUGCGAGCGUGCAGAGUGCGCAGAGUGCGCAGAGUGCGCAGCCCGAUUCCAGUGUCUUGGUCUUCCGACACUGCCCCAGAUCCACCAAACCCGAACUUCAGGGCAGGACUUACAACAACUACUCCCAGCAGCCAUUCCCUGACUUUCCUGUCGCACCCAUGCUUUGCCUUCCUAGAGGCCUCGACAUCCUGCAAGCGCAAGGACGCUUCCUGAAGGCAAGUCUGCCAGAACCAAUCCACGUGGUGGCAGAUGAUGUUGAGAGAGACAAACAGACAGCAAGUGCUUUGCUGGAGGGAUUGGGCUUGACCAGCGACGUCUUGACCGUGAGCAGUGCUCCCUUCAGUAAGUCGGAUGGAUGUCCAGACUUGCCUGAAGCGGAAGCAUUAAAGGCCUUGGAGGAACAGGUCCGGCGCUUUCCGAACCCCGCCAGCUACACGAAUUUGACGCAGAGGCUUUGGGAGGUCUUGGGGGAUGGCGCCGCUGGAGACUGGCCCGCCUGGCCCUGCGCAACGAAGCAACUCCACCUCGGCGGCUCCUGCUAUGUGUCGAGCGCGAUUAUGGAACGGUUCCUCAUGGAAUGGGCCGGUGGUAUGCCCAUGGCGUGGUCGAAGCUCAGGCCGUGGGAGCUGCCCUCGUUUCUGCAGCUCCACGUCUGGGCGCGCACGGCCGCCACCGCGGCCCAGCUGGUGGCGCGCGACCAGGCCUCCAUCGCCUUCUGGGUGCUGAACGCCUUGGCUGAGAAGGGCACCCAAAUCUUCACCGGCCACGACAGCCAGCUGAACGCUCUGCAGGCCAUCUUCGAGCUCUACUACACGCCCACGCCCUGGCCUCCCCAGGCCACUUUGCCGGCCUCUGCCCUGCGCUUCGACCGCACCGGGAGCAAGGUGACCAUUACCUACCACUACGUGGACUUUGCCGAGGACAGCGGAGCAAUGAUCCAGGUGCCGGUGGCGCUGGAAAACUCCUUCGGGCAGGUGGAGGUGAGCCACUUGCUGCGCAAGGCGCUACAGAACACGGUGAUGGAAUGUGUGAAUCAGCCCAGGGAGGUCGUUCAGAUCUGAGUGGAAGUCAGCCACAGCCAUCCCCAAGUUCAGCUGUAUAGCGAUUCAGUGCACUGCGGAUCCAGCUGGCUCCACUUUAAGUGGAUCCACUUUGAUUGUUUUUUUCACGUCCGCGCAGCGUAGUUCGGGUCGGGAGAAGUAAGCCUCUCGACAAAGCAGCGAUGGCCAGCAAGAGGGCCGUUUGAGUAGGAACAGGAAAGGAGAUGAAAUGCUUCCCUGCAAACUCAUAGAAGGAACGCAAAAGGGGAGUCCAUUUCCCAAAAUGAUCCUCCGGAAACCGUUGGGGUUCCAUGAACAUCUGCAGGAGGACCAGUAGUUUGCCAAGUGGUUUGGAAUGGGCACGCUGUUAGGUCUCCCAACUUACAGGCUUGCCGGAACAUUCCGGGCGUUCGGCCGACACAUGCAACACUUGGACCAAGGAGG